CGAAAUGUCAUGGAGCUGCCGGAGGUCAGGAAUGUGGACUCACCACGUGACCUGCUGAGGGACCUCGGGGAGGUUUACACGGACAGUGCAAAGCUUGGUAGAGAUGUGGUGUACAGUCACAUUCUCCGCGAAGGGGUUUUAAAGAAUGAAGAUACGGUUCACUGGAGAGAAGAUUUCGCGCACUACUGCUAUAACCUUCGUCACAGAGGUUUCUACGAUGACACCAACUCUGUUGAGGAUUCUGUAGAGCAGCUGGAAGAAGAAGUGGGUGAAGGGGAAUGUGACAGGCUGAUGAAGUUUCUAACCCUUCUCGCUGGUUCUGUGUCCCACAUAACCCCACGAUCUGGCCUCAUACCAACCGGCAAGCAAGUGGAAGUGUUACCACACCACGUGCUGCCUGCUGCGCAGAACCGGUACCAUGGUGACUCGUGCGCGCCUGGCGUACACAGCUCCGGGUAUCUUAUGUACAGAGAUGAGCUGUUCACCAGUGUCAGCUCUUGUCCGGACAUUAACCAAUCUGAAAAAAUUUUGGCUGGAUUUCCAGAGAGUUCCACAGUAUCACGGUUCAUCAGACCACCCAACAACAAACUGCCGCCCCCUAAAAUCACCCUAACCGGGCUCCCAGUCCCGGAGCCAACCUAUCAGCUCCUACCACUUCCUGCACCCCCUUCUAGAAGCCAUAGUGUCGAGGAGUACAGUUCUAAUCCUGUCCUUGCUGAUCUGCCUGCUUUACCCCCGCCUACUGUUACUGGUAUAUUCAAGUCCCUGUCCCUGAAGAGUGAUGAUCUGCCAGUGUAUCUGGGUCCGGUACUACGCACCACUGUCAAGGAGCGCUACCAGCCGACUCAGCGCAAUAUCACACAGAGAUUUGCUCCUGUACGGCCCUCUAAUAGUGCUGUUUCAGACAGUUCUGGUGUAGAAUCGGAUGACGACCAUGAAGCCUGGGAAGAAGCGUACAAGGACAUGGACAAAGAGUUCCCAACUCCUACCUACGAACUUAUGGGCAGGAAGGUGCUACAAGAGCGACCCUACCUGACCGAGUCAGGAUCCCAAGUGUACACCCGGCUCUGCGUCUUGCUGUGCUCCCCGUAUAGUGACCUAGAUGUUGUGACCGAGCAACAUGUUCUCUAUCAGUGCCAAUACGUUCUCAUCGGUAUCCCUACUAGCAUCUUUCAGUUUGAUAAGACGAAGGUUGAGUUUGUUCCGCUCCAGAACAUUUGCUACACGGGUGUCUCUCCGGACUCUCUUGUUGAUUGCCUCUACUCUAUUGCUUACUCCGGGACCCUGUACCUGCGUCUGAAGAUGUUUUGUGAUCAGUACAGCACUGUUGAGAGAUACGGUAACGUUGUUAAAGGUCUCGUGUCUGCAGUGGAACAAUAUCUCAACCUGUACCAAGCUUUUCUAAGCCAGAUCCCGAUUUCCAGUCUUAUACAGUUGAUCUGGAAAACAAAGGACCUUACCUCUCAGCUAGAGUUUUUGUGCAACUUGCUACUGCUUGAAGAGGGUUUGCCGACAGGAACAGCACUGAUAGAAUAUCUCUACCACACUGCUGAGAUCCUUACUGCCUCCCCCUACUACAAGAUAAUGCUGGCUUUAAUACGGGCUGCAUUUGCACCUAUGUCGAAGUAA